UUUUUUUUUUUUUUUUUUUUAUUCGUAAUGACCACCCCACUGAUGAAUGAUGACUUGAAUAACUCACCUCGGUCUCGACCUUCUUCUAUCCGAAGAGUUCGUAGAGGCAGGGUAAAUACACAAAAAAAAAGAGUAAAAGGGAUGCAUUGUCAUGGCUUUGACUAAUGAAACCAAUAAAGGAAAACUCUAUUAUCAGCAGUGCACCUAAUUCACGACCUUCAUCUCGUCCUUCAUCUCGACCAGUUUCACCCACUGGAAGUAACUACAUGAAUAAUACGGAAUCUAACCCACUUGAUGAACAAGUGAUACCCACUGCCAUUGUAAUCAAAAACAUUCCGUUUUCCGUCAAGAAGGAUGCACUUUUGAGUAAGCUUACUUCUUUGGAUGUACCUGCAGCCUAUGCGUUCAAUUAUCAUUUUGAUAAUGGGGUGUUCCGUGGACUAGCCUUUGCCAAUUAUCGAACGGCAGAAGAAACAGAAAUAGUGGUUAAUACCAUUAAUGGGCUCGAAAUUGGUGGCCGUAAAUUACGUGUCGAAUACAAAAAGAUGUUGCCUACUGCCAGCAAUAGUAGCAAUUUAUCCGAAUACAUCAAUAAAAGGGAGAUCAUACCCCAUCCUUCCUCAUCAACCUCUUCUCAGCCUAGUUCUCCCUUGAUCAGUAGUGCAAGUACGAGUGAGCGUAGAUUAACGAGUAACCCUGACGAAGAUACGCUUGAUUUAAAUGAUCCUGCUGUCUUGGAAUUAUACAGCUUUCUUUUACUGUUCCGUGGAGACCCCAAUGCCAAUGAGAUUGCCUUACCAAAGACACUUUCUGCCAAGGAGCGCAGAGAUGCUCAUUUGAUUGCCGAUCGACUUGGAUUGGCACAUUAUUCGGAUGGAUUUGGGUCCGAGCGCCAAGUUUUGAUUGAAAAAAGAGGCACCACUCCUGCACCCAUUGUCCGACUUCAACAUAAGAAUUCAAGAGGCACACUCCGCUCCUCGCCUAGUCGUGAUCGUUUGAAUGCCAAUACCAACAAUUCUGGUGAUAACAAGAGAGAUUCUUAUCGAAAGUCCAUGAUGAGUACGAGUACUACUGCUGAACUUGCUACUGCCUCUAAUACGAUUCAUCCUAUUCGUCAACCUCGAGGUCCUGAACCUGGAAAGAACUUUGCUUCUCGUCAAAAUAACAUAGGAGAUGCAUUGUCUGAAGCUUUAGCUCGUCAACAUAUAACUCAUGUGGGUGCUUAAACAUUUAAGCCAAUUUAAAAUAAAAUCUCAGUUGAUGAUUAUAAAAAA